UUUCUACCAUGUCUGCGAGGUUAAGAAGUCCAGUGAGGGACAAAAGAAUUAUAAAUUUAGCAGCUGAAAUUGCAGAAACAAAGGACAGAGGGACUCCCAUACUUCUGUUGAAUUUGAGAGAAAUACUAGCUUCAGCACCAAAAGGAAGCAAGGAUGGAAUCAGAAUUAGAAAUGAGUGUUGGGAAUUCAAUAUUCUCCAAGUGCUUGUGUUAAUUCUGAAGCAGGAUUUCAGCAUUAUUGAUGGAGACUGGCAGACUGCAGCAUCAUUAUCAGCUAUUCUCAGUCAAAUAUGCCUUGGAAUAGAUCUUGAAGAAGAGUCCCAAAAGACAAAGUUUAAUGAAGAAUUUCUUCCCGAAGCCACCAAUAAUUUGUUUUUGGUCACAAGGAGGAUACAAGCAAGGCAUGGCAAUAUUCCAGACCGACCAAGUCUACAAAAAGACCGACAGAGAUUGAUGAUGUGCUACAAGGGAGUUUUAGAAUCAAUAGCUCAGAUAACGUAUGGAUAUCCAGACUUGGCCUCGGAAGUUUUGGAGAGUCCAUGGCUUUUACAGUUACUAAUAUCUGAUGAUCCCAGUACAGUUUCAGGAAUAAUGGAGCUUCUCCCAAAAAUUCUAAGAUGCAACAAAAAUGUUAUAAAUAAAAUUGACAAGAAACUGAAGUUCAGCAUAAUGGAUGAACUGAUUUACAAACUUACUGUCAACAAGGAUGCUGGCAUUGCCUCGUCUGCUACCAAAUGUGUCUUAAAAAUCUGCGAUAUACAUAAGCCAAUGAUUGAUGUUCUUUGCACUAGAUACAAAGGAUUGAAGCCUAUUCUUAACAAAUGGGAAAAUGCGGGAUUUGGUCGGGAUCUACGGGAACUGAUGAUGAUGUUACAGGCGGGAAAUGCCAAACAAGCAGAAUCUGAAAGAUUCGCUAGAGCAGCUAUAGUUAUUCAGACAAUAUGGAGAGGAUUUAUUACAAGGAAGAAACUCCAGAAAGCAGACAAAGCCUUUUCCAAAUUUCAGAAUACAUACAGGAGACGGCAAAUUGUGAUGGAGCGAAGGAAGGAGGAAGCAAGACAAGCCCUAGAACUGGAGAGGAGACUCAAACUCAACAGACAAAAGAUACUCAGAGAAUUCAAAGAAAAGCAACUCCACACAAUAGAAAUAUUGCCAGCUGCUCAUGUUGAGAAGUACAUGCAGAAUGAGCAGAUUCAGGCUGCCAUUAAAAUCCAGAGGAACUGGAGGGGAUAUUACUCCCGCCAAACCAUGGAUGAGAAAAAAGUCAUCAUUCAUCGCUACAAAGCAGCUGUUAUUUUACAAAGAGGGGUGAGGAAAUGGCUGGAGAGGGUGAGAAAGAAGAAAGAGAGAUUUCAUUUCACAAUUAAACCUCCAGGGCUGACAGAAAACCGAAGAGUGGAGCUACAGCAACAGAUAACACAGUUCCGAGACGAGAAUCCACCUCAAUAUUCAAAAAGGGAAGAUCUGGAAAAAAUCCACCAAAAAGCAGCUGAUAUGUUACAAAGACAUUAUGUGACGCUAAAAAGUACAAGAGAAAAACACGCCCAUCGAGAGGCACUGUUGGCGAGACUGGACAUGGACUCGGAGCUUCUGUCACUUGCACCUCCUUUAAAAGAUGCAGGAGAAAAAGACAUUGAAAUGUAUUCUAGUAAUGUGUUACCAAUAGCAACCAAAGCAAGGACUGAUCACAUAGAAACAUUACGUCUUUUACGGCAGCCAUGGUGGAAAAAACUCCGAGACGAAUUACAGGACCAGGAAUAUGAAGAGGAAGACUACAUUUUAUUUUAGAACUUCUGUGAUAUUGUUAGUUUUUUAAAUCUUAUACAACAUGUUUAUUUAUUAGAAAAAAAACUUCCAUUUG